UGAUCGAACUAACCAGCAGAGGAACGACUCUCACCUGAAACAGUCGUAAUUUUGCCUUCGUGAAUCGUACACGCGUUUCACUCCGAUCGUAUUUAACGUCGAAAUUUAUUCCGUUGCUUGCACAGCGCUACGAACGAAAGAUCACCUAUUUACGAUCCACACCGAUAGCAAGACUCUGAUACAAAAGCAGUAGCACGCAAGGUUUUCGCACGAUUCUUUCGGUCAAUUUUGACAUGACGAGAUAUCUGGGAAGCCUGUUGAAAUUCUGUUUCGUGUGCGUUUGCUUGGUGGAGUUUAUCGCAGCCAACGCACCUGUGGUAAAAAUAAAGAAUGGUACGUUGUCGGGUUUGUUUAUGACAACAAGGAAAGGCAGGGAAUUCGCCGGAUUUCGGGGCAUACCGUAUGCGCUUCCACCUGUUAAAGAACUCAGAUUUGAGCCUCCGAAACCGGCAGCUGCCUGGGAUGGAAUACGAUCGGCUAAGGACGACGCCAACAUAUGUAUUCAAAGAAAUAUCUUCACGUACGACGAUCAGAUCGUCGGCGAAGAGGAUUGUCUUUAUCUGAACGUCUACACGCCGAAAGUGCCCACUGAGGAAGACAAAUUAAAGGGAGGAUAUCCGGUUAUGAUUUGGCUGCAUGGUGGCGGAUGGGUCUGUGGCGCCGGUCAUUCCGACUAUUAUCAUCCUAAAUUCUUAUUGGAUCACGAUGUGAUUCUCGUCGCCGUAAACUACAGGCUCGGGCCAAUAGGAUUCUUGAGCACGGAGGAUCUAGUAUGUCCUGGAAAUAAUGGAUUAAAGGAUCAGGCAAUGUCCAUUCGUUGGGUACACGAGAAUAUAGCCGCCUUUGGCGGUGAUCCAAAUCGCGUGACCAUUUUCGGGGAAAGCGCGGGUGGCGCGAGUGCCCAUUAUCACAUGAUGAGCAAUUUGUCGAAAGGACUUUUCCAUCGUGCGAUCUCGCAAAGCGGUACCGCCGACUGUCGUUGGGCUCUGGCAAAACCCGGUUCUGCGAGAAAGAAGGCGACGAAGGUGGCCGAACUUCUGUCUUGUCCUUCGGAAAACUCGAAGCAGCUCGUCGAGUGUCUGCGUACGAAAGAUGCCAUCGAACUUAUCGCGACCGAUCGAUCUUUUCAAGAAUUUGCUUACUGUCCGGUGAUACCCUUCAAACCUGUGAUCGAACCUGUUCACCCUGGAGCUUUCCUAACGGAAGAUCCCGUCGGUAUGUCGAGGAAUGGCCGCAUGUCAGACAUUCCGUGGAUGACAGGAAUUAUGUCCGAGGAAGGAUCGCUCGUAGUACCAGGAUUGUACGGAAGAAACAACGGAGAAUUGGUUAAGAAGCUGAACGAGAAUUUCUUGGAUUUCGCUCCGAUGACGUUACUGUUCGACGAAACGUGUCGUAAAGGCGAAGAGAAACGCGUGGGCGCCAAAAUCCGCAAGUUCUAUUUCGAUCAGGCUGCCAUUGACAAUUCCACGCGAUUCCAGCUGAUCAACAUGAUCAGCGACUCUUGGUUCACUCACGCGGCUCGCACUUCGGUGCGCGACUAUCUGGAGAAGCAGUCUUCUCCCGUGUAUUAUUACUAUUUAUCGUACAGAGGAAGCGCGUCGUUCAGCAGGAUAUUUGGCGAUAUUAACAAUAAUUACGGAGUAUCGCACGCGGACGAACUUCAGUACCUGUUUCCUGUCGGAGAACAAUUAUUCAAGGAUAUACCGCUGAGCGAGAAGGACCUCGAGAUGGUGGACGUUCUCACGAGCCUUUGGUUCAACUUUGCAAACUCCGGGAAUCCUACGCCGGAAACGUCGGAGCAGAUACCAAUCAAAUGGAAACCGGUUAGAACGCAGAAUCUCGAGUAUUUACACAUAGGACAGGACGACAUUCGGAUGUCGGAGAAUCUUCUGCGGGAGAGAAUAGACUUCUGGGAAAAUUUACCGGUACGAGAGGAUUUUGACACCCAGCGUCAAUGGAAAGACGAAUUGUAAAAAAUUCGUGCGUGUGGUGGAGAAUCGUAAAUCUGGACGCCCAACGGAUGCAGUACGACAUAGAUCGUAUCUGAACUACUUUCAAAAAUCACGGGCGCGAUCGUAUUGUACGAUCGUAUUUGCAUAGUCACGCAAAAUUCUCGAAGGUUGACACGGUACCAUCGGGAACGAUCUUGUUUCAGCAUGCAACGAACGAUUUUACGUAAAAUAUAUGUUUUUAAUAAUCAUGGUUGAACAAAAAAGUAUACGUACAUUGUCGUAAAAAGA